AUGACUUUGAGACGGAACAACUCUUGGGCCUCGGCAGCAGCAGCAGAGCCCGCGUCCCCGGCCCGCUGCGAGGGAGAGGAGCUCCGGGGCAUCCCCGCGGCGCCCAUAACGGAGCAGGAGACGCCGGCCCAUUCGGGGGACGGCGGCAAAGAAAGCUCCGAGGGAAUUUCCGUCCCGGGGGACGUCUCCGAAGUUUCCAGUGGGCCUCCACCAGCAGAGGCUCCAGAGGUGAUCUAUGAUGACGUUCCAAGCGAGGAACCCCUCUCUCCUGAUGAAGGUCGGCGGCUGCCCGAACCACAUUUUUUGCUUUCAGUUGUUUGUCCAACAGCGGCCUCUGAUGUGCCACGCGUUUAUAUGAUCUACGAGGACGUCCAGAGAGACGGCGGUCCCCCGGAGGCGGACAACGGGUGGAGCUCCAGCGAGUUCGAGAGCUACGAUGACCAAUCCGAUAAUGAGGCCAAGCUCCCGGCAAGGAUCAAGCUCACUCCUGAAGUGCACCGGCUGAGGGAGCGCUGUGCCAGGACCAAGCGUGAACUGGCUAUGAGGCUCUCUGGAAAGCACAACUAUGACAUCAAGGUUCAGCAGCUCAUGAAGGCGGCACGAAGCGGAACGAAGGAUGGACUUGAAAGGACCAAAAUAGCCGUCAUGAGGAAAGUUCCCUUCCUGCAGAGAAAGGAUCAACUGGAGGAGGAAGAUGAUGCCGGGUACCUGGAUGUGGCCGUCUCAGAGGUGAAGCAUCCUCCCCCACAGCUGAGCCCCAUGCCCGAGGGGCUGACCAGCCACCAGGUUGUGAGACGCCAUAUCCUUGGCUCCAUCAUUCAGAGUGAGCGGAGCUACCUGGAGUCUCUGAGGAGAAUCUUGCAGGAGUACCACAGACCAUUGAUGGAGGCUGAUCCACGCAUCCUGAGUCCAAGGAAGAUCCGCCCCAUCUUUUACAGAAUCAGGGAGAUUACACAGUGUCACUCCAUGUUUCAGAUUGCACUGGCAUCUCGGGUGGCUGAGUGGGACAGCAAUGAGAAAAUCGGAGACUUAUUUGUUGCCUCGUUUUCCAAGUCCAUGGUGUUGGAUGUGUACAGUGAAUAUGUCAACAACUUCACCAAUGCCAUGGCUCUCAUUAAAAAGGCCUGCUUGUCCAAGCCAGCGUUUCUGGAAUUCCUAAAGAAGAAGCAGGCAUCCAGCGUUGACCGGAUUACUUUGUAUGGCCUGAUGGUUAAGCCAAUUCAGCGGUUCCCCCAGUUCAUUCUGCUGCUGCAGGACAUGCUUAAGAAUACGCCGAAGGGCCACGUGGACCGUCUCCCUCUGCAGCUGGCCCUGACCGAGCUUGAGAUGCUGGCGGAGAAGCUGAACGAACAGAAGCGGGUGGCCGACCAGAUCGCCGAGACCCAGCAGCUGGCCCGCAGCGUCAGCGAUCGCCUGCUCAGUAAGCAACUGAACUCGGAGCAGGGGUCACUGGUCCUUUGUGAGACACUCAUAGAGACUGUGUACGGCGAGCGGGGACAAGUCCUGAAGUCAAAGGAGAGGAAAGUCUUCCUCUUUGAUGAUGUCCUCAUCUGGCCUCCAGACAUCAGCAGCCUCGUCCCCAUCGGCCCCAAGUACACCAUGAAGUGGAGUGCCCCCCUGCAGCAGGUGCAGGUGGUGGAGGUUGGGGUGGAAGGCUCUCAGAGCAAAGACUCCUCGUUCCAGCAGGCUAAGAGGCCGGGCAGUGCCUGCACAUCAGGUAAAGCUCUUCUGGGCCCUCCACGGCUGUACCAGGAGCUGCAGGAGCUUCAACAUGACCUUUCGGUGGUAGAAGAGGUUACCUUGCUCGUGGGCACACUGGAGGGGACGUACCAGAACCUGAACACCACGGUGGCGCAGGAUUGGUGUCUGGCUCUGCAGAGGCUUAUCCGCAUCAAAGAGGAACAGAUCCAGUGUGCUAACAAAUGUCGCUUACGCCUGCAGCUGCCCGGAAGGCCAGACAAGUCUGGGCGUCCUGUCAGUUUUAUGGUCGUUUUCAACACUCCCAACCCCCUCAGUAAGAUUUCCUGGGUCAACCGUCUGCACUUGGCCAAGAUUGCGCUGCUGCAUGUAGCCAUGUUGGAGCAAAAGCAGACCAGACUACAUGGUUGUGCUCUUUUGGCCGUGAUGGCAUGCAUCUUCAACCCGCUCCCCACCUUUGCCCCCUCUUCCCCUCCGUCCCUCCUUCCAGAUUGGCCCCGGCCUAACUCCCUCCAAAGCAAAGAGCUAGCCCCUCCGCUAGCCCUGCCUCCGCAUACGUCACAUCAAAGACGUCUGUCUGAGGCAGAGGAGGCUACGCUCAGACGCAGAAUCCUCAGCCCCUCCCUGUUGCUGGCGCCUUUAUCAGCAGCACAGCAGGCGCGCCGAUGA